CUCUCGGGGUGCUGCGCAACCGCAGCGGCCGAAGGGGAGGCGGGAUGGAUGCGCGAGUGUUGGCGUGUGCAAAUAGUUGAGCGGCCGGCAUCCGCGCAGAGCAGCUCGGAAGGGGACGCGGCGUGCCAACGUUGGGCACACACGGAGCCAGGAAAGUAAGGGCGAGUUGGCGACGAUGCGGGGAAAUAACUCACUUUGACUUUUCGUCAGUGGAUUAGGAAUGUAUUUGGAAACGCAGCCAAUUUCCUGCCGUCGCUGCGUUUUACUGGAAUGCGCACUCUAGUCGUUCCAUCCGAAAAGACACGAAGAAAUCGGACCUUUUUUGGGGGGGGCGGGCGGGGAGUUAAGAUGUGUUUGAACAGCUACUCUGAGAAUUGAAAAAGGGUUGCCCAUUUCCAGAAAGUGUUGCGCAUUUUAGAAACCUUUUCCGUUGGACUGAAACGGGUGAUGGAAAUGAGCAUUUUGCCCAGUUAAAGGGACUCUUAAUCUUUGCAAAUUUGUUAUUUGUAAACCCCCCCCCACCCCCCCUCCUCCCUCCGGCGAUGAUUGUGCUUUUGAUUGCCCUGAGCGUCGCGGAUGGAGCGCUCGCCCAGAUCAGCUACUCUGUGCCGGAGGAGGCGGACCACGGCACCUUGGUGGGGAACAUCGCCGAGGACCUGGGCCUGGACCUCAGCAAACUGGCAUCGCGCCGCUUCCAAGUCGUGCCCAGCUCGCGCACUCCUUAUUUGGAAGUGAACACGGACAGCGGCGUCCUGUUUGUCAAGGACAAAAUAGACAGGGAGCAGAUUUGCAAGCAGAGCGCGAGCUGCCAGCUCAACAUGGAGGUGUUCCUGGAGAACCCUUUGGAGCUCUUUCGGGUGGAGAUCGAGGUGGUGGACAUUAACGACAACCCGCCCAGCUUCCCCGAAACGGACAUAACGGUGGAGAUCUCCGAAAGCGCCACUCCCGGCACCCGCUUCCCGCUGGAGAGCGCGUUCGACCGCGACGCGGGCACCAACUCUUUACGCACGUACGAGAUCACCGCCAACAACUACUUUUACCUGGACGUGCAGAGCCAAACGGACGGCGGCAAGUUCGCCGAGCUGGUGCUGGAGAAGCCGCUGGACCGAGAGCAGCAGGCGGCUCACAGGUACGUGCUGACCGCGGUGGACGGCGGCCGGCCUCCGCGGACGGGCACCGCGCUGCUGGUGGUCAAAGUGCUGGACUCCAACGACAACGUGCCUGUAUUCGAGCGGCCAGUUUACGCGGUAACCCUGCCGGAGAACGCGCCGGCGGGCACGCUGCUCCUGCAACUCAACGCCACCGACGCGGACGAGGGACUCAACGGGGAGAUCGGCUACUCGUUCAGCAACCACAUCUCCAGCCGCGUCAAAGACCUUUUCAGCAUCGAGCCGCGCGCCGGGCGCAUCGAGGUGCGCGGGGAGGUGGACUUCGAGGAGAGCGCUCUGUAUCAGAUCUUUGUCCAAGCCAAGGACAUGGGCCCGAACGCCGUGCCCGCGCACUGCAAGGUCCUCGUCACGGUCACGGACGUGAAUGACAACGCGCCGGAGAUCACCUUCAGCACCGUUACGGAGUCUGUGAGUGAAAAGGCGGCUCCCGGCACCGUCAUCGCCUUGCUGAGCGUCACAGACCUGGACGCGGAAGAAAACGGACAAAUGGACGUGGAGCUCCUCGGCGAGGUCCCCUUCAAAUUAAAGUCAUCCUUCAGGAAUUAUUUCACCAUCGUGACCGACGGCCCGUUGAACAGGGAGCAGGCAGACUCCUAUUCGGUGACUGUGGUCGCGAGGGACAAAGGCUCCCCUGCCCUUGCCACCAGCAAGUCCAUUCGAGUCCAAGUGUCAGAUGAGAACGACAACGCCCCCGCCUUUACACAAGCCCUAUAUGAUGUGUACGUGACCGAGAAUAAUGUGCCGGGGGCGUAUAUACACGCAGUGAGCGCUUCGGAUCCGGACAUUGGGCGCAAUGCGCUCGUGGGUUAUUCCAUAUUAGAGUGUGAGAUCCAGGGCAUGUCGGUCAAAACCUACGUGUCAAUCAACGAGGAGACAGGCUACUUAUACGCACUCAGGUCCUUUGACUAUGAGCAACUGAAGGACUUCACGUUCGUGGUCCAGGCCAAAGAUGCGGGCACCCCAGAGCUCUUGACAAACGCCACUGUCAAAGUUGUCGUUGUGGACCAGAAUGACAACGCCCCCCUGGUGUUAGCCCCCGUGGGGAAGAACGGCACGGCGAAGGAGCCUCUGCCCCGCUCGGCCGAGCCCGGUUACCUGGUGACGCGCAUCGUGGCGAUGGACGCCGAUGACGGCGAGAGUGCCAGGCUCUCCUACAGCAUUCGGAGAGGCAAUGAGAACGGGAUGUUCAGGAUGGAUUGGAGGACAGGCGAACUCCGGACGGCGAGGCGGGUGUCGGCUAAACGAGACCCUCUUCGCUCGUACGACCUGCUGAUCGAGGUGAGAGACCACGGUCAACCUCCGCUGUCCUCCAGUGCCAGCGUACUGGUGGCGUUGGUGGACAGCGUGACAGAGGGUCGCGGCGACGGAGACCGAGGAGGUGCCGCUCAAGCCGCAGAAAGCGGUCUGGACCUCACGCUCAUCCUCAUCAUCGCCCUGGGCUCUGUCUCUUUUCUAUUCCUCCUGGUCAUGAUCGUACUGGCCGUGCGUUGCCAAAAGGGGAAAAAGCUCAACAUUUACACCUGCCUGACCAGCGACUGCUGCCCGGGCUGCAGCUCCUGUUGCUCACGACAAGGGCGCGCCCGCAAGAAAAAGCUCAGCAAGUCUGAUAUCAUGUUGGUCCAAAGUGCUGCGAACGGCACCGGGACAGGUACGGCUCAAGUCCCUGUGGAGGAAUCAGGGAGCUUUGGCUCGCACCGUCAAAAUCAGAACUAUUGUUACCAGGUAUGUCUGACUCCUGAGUCUGCCAAAACCGACCUCAUGUUCCUAAAGCCGUGUAGUCCGUCUAGGAGCGCGGACGCCGACCGCAACCUAUGCGGAGCCAUAGUGACAGGAUACGCGGACCAGCAGCCCGACCUCAUAUCAAACGGCAGUAUACUAUCGAACGAGGCUAAACACCAGCGAGCAGAGCUAAGCUACAUGGUUGACAGGCCAAGACGUGUAAAUAGCUCGGCAUUCCAGGAGGCAGAUCUAGUCAGCUCCAAAGACAGCGGCCAUGGAGACAGUGAGCAGGGAGACAGUGACCACGAUGCCACAAAUAGAGGCCUUUCCUCUGGGGGAACUGAUCUGUUCUCUAACUGCACAGAGGAGUGCAAGGCCCUGGGCCACUCCGAUCGCUGCUGGAUGCCAAGCCUCAUGCCCACUGAUGGGCGGCAGGGUCCAGACUACCGCAGCAAUCUCCAUGUGCCCGGUAUGGACUCAGUUCCGGACAUAGAGAGAGGAAAAGGGUUUACUAGUUCUUUUCGUGUCGACAUUCCGGAGACUGCAUGAAUUUGCACAAUCAUCCACUCAACAAAUGAAGACUAUCCUCCAGAAAACAAAGAACACACGCGCGCGCACACACAAAUUAGGAUGGUUGACUAAAUGACCCUCUCAUCCCCUUCAUCUCCUGGAAUUCAUUGGAGAAAAGGCUUCAGGGGAACCUCACUCACCCUUUGGCUAAGAAGACACGGAGGAGGCGAGACGGGUUGAACGAAUGGCUGCAGGCAGUGUUGAUGAAUGGCCUUACUGGGAGGACCUCAUUGUCUCAGCAGGACUGAGAAGCUGAACAUAAACUGAUAGCAACAGUGUGGAGAGAUGAAAAUUGGACAUCGAUCUAUUUUUUUUCAUUUUGUGUGAGCCUGUUUACAGCACUGAUGCACAGUGUGUCUUGGAGGAAACUCAAGUCAGACAUUAGCAGACAAAAGAAGGACGGCCACCACUGAGCCCUUGAGGCGAUUGUACUCGGAGACGCCAAACUGUACAGGAAGUUCCUUGUGCAUUUCUUAAUGCAAUGCCAUUGUUUUCAAUUUUUCAAUUUUGUUUUUGUGGUCUUUCUUCCAAUCUGCUUCAAACUUGUCAGAAAAUAUUGGUGCCAGAAUAUUCUUUAUCUUUAUGUUUUUUUAUUGCUGUUGUUUGUAUUACUUUUAUGUUGGUUUUCAACAGCUGACUUUGAGCGAGAUAACCUAAUGAGGAUAAAAAAAAAAGUUUACAAAAUGGAUCUCUGUUUUUCACCACCACUUUUGUGUUCUCGAAGCAUCAAGUAGUUUCUAUCACGUGUGAGAAGUGUUUACUGUACUCUUAAAAACUUUCAAGCUCAAUAUGAAACUAUAUAUAAAUCUGUAUUUACUUAUGGAGCUAUGUUAUCUGUUCCCUCGGUUCGGAAUUCAGCUUUGACUUUUUUUUGAAGUGCCCCUGCUGAAGGCUUGUGCAACCCAGAGGGAGACGCAAAGAGAGCGACUGAAUGGCCUUAGCAAAUUUCAUAACUUGUUUUCCACUUUUAGAUAUGAUCCAAAAAAAAAUGUGUAUAAAAAGGAGAUAAUAGUUGACAUUAAAAUUCAUGUUCAUUCUGUGUCAUUGUAAUCAAAACUUUGAUGAAAUGGUUAUUUUAUAAAGUAACAGAAGAGGGAUGCUAAAUGUGCUGUACACAAUGCUGUUCUCUUUCUACACACAUCACAACCACAGAAACACGAAUAAGUCAACAAUAAACUGAAACACGAUCAAGGAAA